AUGCAAGUUAUCGGCCUGGGUGUUGCAAUGCCAUCAUUUCUCGAUAGUAAAAACCAAUUUUCAGCCAAAGAAGCAAACCAAUCUGGAUGCAUUACAAAGGUACGUUGGGUUGUGGAGACGGCAAAUCGUCGUAUUAAACAAUUUAAAUACUUUGCCAAUACCAUCCAAAAUUCGUCAUUAAUUUACUUAGAAAGCGAUCUCUCAAUUGUAUGUGCUCUUAUCAAUCGCUAUCAACCACCAAUGGCAACAUCAAAACCAGAAGAUUCAGAAGUUGGUCAAAAAAUUAUGAAAUUACUUCAUCAAAAAAAGAAUUCAGCUGGUAAAUAA